GUACAGGGGGUCAGGCAGAGAGUGGUCGGGGUCACAAGCCAGGGAUCAAACAGGAGAAGCCAGCAGAGGUCCGGAUCAAGCAGGGUCAGCAACAAAUCAGUCAGACAGGAACAGGAACAGGAACAGGGGCCCAUAGAAAAGCACACACCAAGGCUCAGACUGCAGGUCUGGCCAUCCCUUAAAUACACCUGCAUAAUCAGCUUCAGGUGUUUGGCUGACUACAGGGUUGAGUCUCUGAUUGCUGAGAGCACCCGCUGGCCAGCCCUGGUACUGCAGCCCACAAGGCAGGUGAGUCCCACCAUUACUGGAAAGUCCAUUCCUGAC